AACAACACGGUCGAUAAAUCCAGUGCUCACAGGUCACAGCAGACCGUGGAAGAAGAAAAAGUAGAAGGCGAUUAUUUAACAGUAAUGGCAGCAGAAACUCGUACCCUUAUGGUAAGGGUUUCAUUACAUCUAUACUCUAGAUAAGCUUGAUGUCAUCAGCAAAAUCUCGAAAGGAUCUCUUAACUGAGAUGGGUUUUGAUUUCACAAUCACGGUAAUGUCGUGUUAGUUAAUUCACAUUUGAACUCAUGUUUUCAUUUUGUGCUUUACAAUUUAGACUGCAGACAUUGAUGAAAAAGCAAAUUCGUAUGCAAAAGCCAGAAGAUUUGGUUAUGGCUCUAGCAGAGGCAAAGGCCAAUGGCAUCAUAUAUAACACGGAUUCAAACUACUGAUUGUUCUGAGAAGAAUGCUGAACCAGCACUUCUAAUCACUGCUGAUACAGUAUAUCUCAGUAUCUUUUUUCCUCCUUCUUCAAGUGAUAGUACUAUUAAAAGUUCUUGGUGCUGGUAAAGGUUAAUCAGGUCCAACAUUACUUAGUGAGAUCUAUGUAGCAAGUAUAUGUUGUUUGUCAAGGCUCUCGGUUUAAUUUGUUCAGACAAUUCGUACUUGAACUUUCAGCCUGUUUUUGCUAAAUUGCAUCCAUUGUUUUAUAAGCAAUUCCAGAUUGUUCUGAUUUUAUUUUACUCUAAAAUAUCUUGAUUAAGUUCAUGUCCGAUUAUGGAAAACUUGAAAGAGAGGUAGAUAUAUGUCUGUUACCUGAAUGGAAAUUUUCUUCUCAAGGCAGUUGCCAUUUUAUCGAGGCUCCAAAAUGAUGUGAACAAAGAGGAGGAUGCGGAGUCAACACUUUUGAUCGCUGCUGACCAAGUACACCUCAUUUUUAUUCUUUUAAUUAUCACAGGAAGCCUUGCUGUAGUAGUAAAUUAUGUGUCAUGUGCACAGUGCACUUGAUGAAGAAUUAGCAAGGUAUUGUGUCUGGCAUCUUACACCCGUUAGGAGUACUCAUCUGCUCUCUGGUUGUGUAUACCUAUCAAAAGAACAACAAAUGACUCCUUACUCCACAGAUAUGAAUGAAGAUACAACAAGAAUAUAUUUUCCUUGUAAUUUCAUUUACGUGUAACAUUGGAGUAGUGGGUGGGUGUUUUGCAAGUUUCAUGUCUCCGAGGAGCACAACGUCCAUCUGUAUCCUUGGUCAUAGAUAUAUUGCUGGAUAUUCUGGUGGGCAUGCAGCUACAGUGGGAUCUGUACUUGUUACGAACCUCACGACGCGUACAAGAAUAGGCGAGUGGGACAAAGUGGAGGUAAAACUGUUUGCCAUUUUUCUUAAUCUGAUAAUAUACAUGUUCUGUGUUUUAUGUAUGGCUACCUUUUCAUUUGUCACAAAUACCAUAGUAAGGAAGACCGGAACCUUGAAUUAUCAGAGCUUGAUAGGAUCUGCCAUAUUUUUUUGGUCCCGACAUCUUCUAUGUGAUUCCCUAGAAUUUUGGAUUUUUUGACGUUCUUGAUACAUCACAAUGAUUGUACAAUAUCAAGGAGCCCAAACCUCUUGAUUUUUUUUUUUUUUUUUUUUGUGUCUUUAACAUGAACUUCGGAUUCAACUCUGCCAAAGCUCUCACAGGAAAACUCAUACAUGAGGUCCUUUAGGUGACUGGCAGUCCUUCCACCCUAUAUAUUCGUCUUGAUUCCUUAUCUUGUUCAUCAUUGGCCGUCUUUGUGUUUUGACUCUUUCGACUCAGCAAUAUCUAAAUGCAACAGAUUUUUUUCUAUAAAUAGUUAUGUCGGGUCAUGCGAUCUACAUUGGCAAUUUUUAGGCCAUUCAUUUGGGAUUGUUAAACUAGUGAUUUAUAUUAUAUUACGAUCUAAUGUAAUCCAUAGGGAUUAGAUGGAUUUUAAUCCCAAAUUGUUAAUCUAGGCUGUUAAAUUUUUUUUUAUUUAUCUCUGUUAUCCAUACUGUCUUCAUCUAUGUAAUAUCCAAAAAUUCUCUGUCAACAACAUGGACCAAGAACUGCGAGUAAAAUUUUGUUAUUCUGUUGAAUAGAGUAAGCCUAUAAAUUAUGCCUAUCUCAUCCUAAUGUUUUCAUCAGCCUCAAGUUAUAACACUUGCAGUUUCUGAAUUGUUCUUGUUUUCCUUUUUCUUUACUCUCCUAAGAAAUAAAGAUAGUAAAGGAAAAGGAAACAAGAACAAAUUACACACAAAGAUGACUACCGCAAACACUGAUGCAAUCCGUAAUAUCAUUGGGGUCAUCGGAAAUGUGAUUUCUUUCGGUCUAUUCGCCUCGCCUGCACCUACAUUUUAUAAGAUCAUCAAGAAAGGAGCAGUAGAGGAUUUUUCUCCAAACCCUUACCUCGCCACCAUACUCAACUGUGCGCUAUGGGUUUUUUAUGCCCUUCCUUUUGUUCAUCCACACAGCAUUCUUGUUGUCACCAUCAAUGGAGUGGGUCUCGUUGUAGAAUCCGCCUACAUCUUCACUUAUCUCAUGUACGCCAACAAAAAGCAAAGACUGUACGUGUUCAAAGUGUUGGCAAUUGAAACUGUUUUCUUUGCCUUGGUAGUUGGUGUUACUCUUGGGUUCCUGCACACUAUCGAGAGAAGGACAAUGGUUGUCGGAAUUUUCUGUCUCAUCUUCAACAUUGCCAUGUAUGCAAUGCCAUUGGACGUAAUGCUGUUGGUUAUCAGAACAAAAAGUGUUGAGUACAUGCCGUUUUUCCUUCUCCUUGCAAAUUUCCUCAAUGGUGGAACUUGGUUGACGUUUGCAUUGCUCCGUUUCGAUCUUUACAUCUUUAUAAGUAAUGGUUCUGGUUGUAUUCUUGGAUUAAUCCAAUUGAUAAUAUACGGAACUUUCUACAAGUCGACCCCUAAGAAAAACAAUGAAGAGAAGCCUUCUGGGGAUGUGCAGCUCUCGAGUGUCUGAUCGCCAAGCACAGAGGUGAGGGAGGAAAUGAAGCUUGAAAUGAACCUACCUCUGUGAAGUGUUCCAAGUUGGAAAUGCGCCUCUUUGGUUUCUUAAUAGGAUGCUUAAUUCUUCAAAGAAGAAUCAAUUUUCUGUAAAGAAAUUACAUUUUAUCCACGAAAAAUGAUAUCAUGCAUCAAUCUAAAACCUUUUUUUUUUUUGAA